GUUUUUUUAAAGUAUAUUUUGUAUUUUCUUUCCUUUUUCCUCAUUUUCCUAUCUAACCAAACAAAAAAGUUAUUUUUCACCUCAUUUUCUUUUUCUUUGCUUUUUGAAUUCCUUGAAUUCUCUCUUCUGAAUCCUGAAUGGCCGAAUCUCCCAUUUUCCUCCCGCUCAAACCCUAGCGACUUGGCAAUUCUCUAAAUUCUCUGGGCGCCCACGAAUAUCAUGGACCAAGGUACGCCGAUCGAUCUGGGAUUGUUACAGAGAGUGAUGCAGCUAGUCCAAGCUUCACCGCCAACGUGGCAGUCUGCCAUUCUCAGCAACAUCAUCAUCAUCUUUAUGGCCACACCAAUUCUGGUUUCUGGACUGUCUCUUUCAGGCAUUGCGGCAGCCUUUUUGCUCGGAGUUCUCAUUUGGCGCGCUUUUGGACCCUCUGGCUUUUUUCUUGUAGCAACUUAUUUCGUAAUUGGAACAGGAGUGACUAAAGUGAAAAUGGCUGAGAAGGAAGCUCAGGGUGUUGCAGAGAAGAGAAAAGGAAGGAGAGGGCCGGGGAGUGUGAUUGGUUCCAGUGCGGCUGGUUGCCUUUGUGCUUUCCUGACGAUUAACGGGAUUGGUGGGGCUACAUCAUCCCGGUUAUGGGACAUUGGAUUUGUCGCCAGUUUCUGCACUAAGUUGAGCGAUACUGUCGCAAGUGAGAUAGGGAAGGCUUAUGGUAAAACCACGUACCUUAUUUCAACUUUUAGGGUAGUUCCAAGAGGAACAGAAGGGGGUGUGAGUGCUGAAGGAACAUUUGCUGGAUUAUGUGCUUCAGUUCUUCUUGCUGUUGUUGCUUGUAUGAUGGGCCAGGUAAAUAAACCUGAGGCAAUUAUCUGUGUAGUGGCCUCCCAGAUAGCCAACUUAGGUGAAAGUCUGAUAGGUGCCACAUUCCAGGAGAAAGAAGGAUUUCAAUGGCUCAACAAUGAUGCUGUUAAUAUAAUUAACAUAUCAAUGGGAAGCAUUUUUGCGAUCCUAUUGCAACAAGCAAUGCCCCAAACUUGGUGCUCUACUCAAUCUUCAAGUUCUUCAUUCAAACUUUGAAAGCAAUUUCCGGCACCAGUUUUAAGACUUCUGGUUUCACUGUACAUGAACACAGUUAUUCUGUUUGAAAGUAUAGGUUUUUGGGUUCUCUCAUAUGUGCUCUCCUCCUGAGUGUGUCAAUUUUUUUAGAUGUAGCAGGUUCUCACACUUCUCUCUCAUUGAAAAACGAGGGCCAUUGUGCAUUUGCACCGCCACUCCCCUUUUCAAUCUGCGCAGACCCUCUCCUCCUCCUCCUCCUUUUCUUCUUCUUCUUCCCCUGCCCUUUCUCCGAUCCGCACAGUCCCACCCAUCUUCUUCUUCUUCUCCCUUCUCCUACUCUUUCUCUCUUCCCCUUCUUCUUCUUCUUCUUUUCUCUUCUCCAACUCUUUCUCCGAUUCGCACAGAUCCUCCCCCUUCUUCUUCUUCUUCUCCUCCCUCUUCUAGAUCUAAAUAGAUCUGUGCCUUAAUCACCAUCUGCCUCUUCUUCUUCUUCCCUUUUUCUGCUGUCUUCUUAUUCUUCCAUGUCCGCGAUGGUGGGGAAUGGCAGUGACAGAGGGACUGGCGGUGAUGGGGGUGCCGGAAGAGAGGGUGGGGUUGGCGGUGGUGAUGGGGCUGGUGGCUGUGGGGGGUAUGCCGGCGAUGGGGUCUGGUGUGGUGCAGAUUGAGAUGAGGUAAUUAGCAGGAGGAGUGAAUGGUAUUUUUGACCAUUCCAUCCCAUAGUCAACCACUCAUAAAAAUGUGAUAAUGAUAUGAUAUGAUAAUAAAAGAGGCUAUGUCGUUAUCUCGUCUUUUUGCCGUCAAUUUUUUUCUUUCCGUUAAAGUACUAUUCUGGCAACUGCCAGCCCACCCCCCCUCCAGGACUAUCCACCAGUACUUCAAGCCGCUUAUUCCCACUAGAACUCCACAAAACUGGGUCGCCACUUGCCAUCCAAGUUUCCAGGCGCUGCUGCGGACCGAUUCAAAUCACUUCCCACCUUUACUCUGAUUCGAGGUAUGUUCCAAGUCCUAAUUAUUUCUCUUUAUUUUAUUUAUCAAAUUCCAAUUUUUAACUUUUCUUUUAAAAACGUGAGUUAUUUAUAUUUGAAUUAAAUGGAUUGUUUGUUGUCUUUUGAUUUGCUGCGCAUUCGAUUUUUGAUACAUGAUAAUUUUAUACAAUGGAUGGUAAUUUUUAGGUUGGAAUUUCUUAAUUUGGGGAAGUGUACACAGUAGAAAAGCAAUUAGUUUAAACUCUAGAUGUAUAUUAUUAUUGACCUACAUUAUACUGUAAAUUUUUCCUUAGAGUUGCUCUCGGAUAGUAUACUGUCAAUAUAGAUUCAUGAUGAUAUUUUCAUAUGGAGGAUGAAUAGGUAAUAACUAACUUUUUCUUAUUUAAUGGUUUGCAGCUUGUAUUUGAAUUGGUUUGAAAUACAGAGUAGAUUUUACCUAUAUCUUUUCUACAGAGUAGAUUUAGACUUUACCUAU